AUGUCCACCAGAUCCAUCACCACUGCCAAGUCGAUCAUCUACUCGUCUCACGGUGUUCCCCAGGAUGUGAUCAGAGUUCACACUUUCACCAUCCCAGAUGCCGAGGGCGACUCCGUUGUGCUGAAGUCUUUGGGGUUCCCAAUCAACCCGUCUGAUAUCAACCAGCUGGAAGGUGUCUAUCCAUCUAAGCCGGAGAAGACCACAAAGUACGGCACUGAGGAGCCUGCUGCGAUUGCCGGCAACGAAGGUCUCUUUGAGAUUGUGCAAGUUGGUCCAAACGUCAAGGAGCUCUCUGUUGGAGACCAUGUCAUCCCAUUGUUCUCCAACUUUGGUACUUGGACGUCCCACAACGUUGCCCAGGAGAAGGAUUUGGUGAAGUUGCCAAAAUCGCUGUCCGUAGUUGCUGGUGCAACCAUCUCCGUGAACCCCGCCACCGCUUACCAACUCGUUUCCAACUACGGGCUGGAGAAGGGUGAUUGGUUGAUUCAGAACGCUGGUACGUCUGGUGUUUCCCAAAUGGUGGCUCAGAUUGCCAAAUCUAAGGGCAUUAACGUGCUCAGUGUCAUUAGAGACCGUAGCGACUUUGACCAAGUCAAGGCCAAGCUGGAGGCCCAAGGCGCUACAAAGGUCAUCUCUGAGACCGAGAAUGGUGACCGUGCAGUGGGCGCAGAGAUUAAGAAGCUCACUGGUGGCAAGAUCAAGAUAGCGCUGAACUCCGUAGGCGGUGUCUCGUCUUCCAACAUUGCGAGAAAGCUGGCUCCAAACGCAACGAUGUUCACUUACGGUGGUAUGUCCAAGAAGCCAGUGAGCAUCCCAACAUCGCUGUUCAUCUUCAAGAACCUGACAUGUAAGGGCUACUGGGUCACAGAGAACACCAAGAAGGACCCACAGUCAAAGAUUGAAACCACGGAGGAGCUCGUCAAGCUCUACCAGUCCGGGCAGUUGAAAGAGCUGGACGUGAACGAACACACCUGGAAGCUGGACGAGUUCUCUGACGACCAGAUCUUGGAGCUGCUCAAGGGAGUGGUUGAGAACGCUUAUAACGGCAAGCAGUUCAUCAGAAUUGUUUAA